AUGGACGAAGUUGAAGCCAAGAAACAAGAACGUAGCAAGUCUAAAAUGGCGGUUACGCGUACAUCUCGAAGACUAAUCGAUGCAACUCAUCGAGACGUCGAUUUUGAGACACUGAAAGGUUUUAUUGUGGAACUAGAAAAGGUAUAUGAUGAAUUUUGUAUUAUUACUGAUGAGUAUGAGUUACUAGUCUCCGAUGAAAAGUUUGUUGAACACCGUGUGGUCAAUGGGGACGAUAUUACAACGUACAAUGCAAAUGUUAAACAAACAUAUGUUGAAGCGAGAGAUGUUUAUGUUAAAAUAAAGGCUGAGAAUGAGAGAUCCAAGCAAAGUAUAGCAAUGGCACCUCUAAUGACAGCUCUAAGGAGAGACAUGAACAGAUUACAAGAUAUAAUUUCAGCUGUUGAUGACAGUUUAUCACAAGAAGCCCCUAGCUCAGAAAGUCUACAAAUGGACAAGAGUGACAUGGAGAAUUUGUUGAAUGAAAUGUGUGACAAGAUAAAUAAACUGACUGCUAUACAGCCAGACAUCUACUUGCCGAGUGAUGUUGAGGCAAUAAUGGGGACUGCGUAUAAUAAAAUAAGGAAGAUAAACCUGAACUUGAAAAAGAACCAAGCUCCGAAAGUGCCUGUGAUAUUACCAAAUGAUGAAGAGUGUCCUAAAAACACAGAAGGUAUGUUGACUAACUUGACACCCCCUGUGACCAGUGAUGUUCAUACUAUAGCAGGUGGUUCAACUUUAGAGCCUGUUGGGCCCAGUACCCCAAAUAGUCUCCCUACUUCUCUCUCGGCUGAUAUGUCACCUGUGAAACCAACUGCCCCUGGUGUCGGUUCCACCAUGAAUGUUACACCUACUCCUAGUGGUACUUUGACCAUUCAGGAUCCUCAAAACCCAUCAACCAGUCAGAUAGUGUGUCAUGGUGCGCCUGUCAUGGCUGCCGGUUGUGCGUUUCUGUCUCUCCUGAUAAAGUUAUAA